UUAGUAACAGAGAUGUAGUCUUGAGAAAAUAAUUAAUUAAAGUAUGGUACAAAUAGUUAAUACGUUCCUUAUUUCUUAUUUAAUUUCUAUGUUUUUAAAACGACCUUCUACAUAUAAAGAUCCAUUGUAUACAUUUUCAAAGGGAUAAGUACACAUAAUAUAUAAACAACACAAACAGCUAUACUUGGAACAUAAUGUCUACUCUAAAAUCAAAAGGAUGCCUUUUCUUGGCUUCCUCUCUCUAUGAUGGAUUGGAAGACAAUAAUAUAAAGCAAGUAACAACAUUACUUCUAAAUAAAGAAGCAAAUCCUAAUACAUUAAUUCCUAUGUAUGGGGUAACUCCAUUUCAUUUAGUAAUAGGUAAUGACUCUGAAGCUUUUGCAGAAGAAGUUACUAAAUUAUUUUUACGUCAUGGAGGAAAUCCUAAUGUCAGGUCAGUGGAUGGGUUAACUCCAGUUCAUGUAGCAGCAGCAUGGGGUAGAGUCAAUGUAUUGGAGUUACUUUUAGCAAAUGGUGGAGAUCCUCUUUGUCUAGACGAGGAAGGACGUAGUCCAUUUCAUUAUGCAUUUGAUGGAAAAUAUUACAAAGCAGUUGUAAUACUUGGAAAAUAUUGUGAAAAUACUAUCAAAGAAGAAACAUCAACUAAAUAUAAAAUUACUUUUGAUAAACUUCUCAUUAAUAAUGGAAAUGUAAUAGCAGAAUAUGCUGCAUCAGAAAAUUCUAAUAUAGUAAUAGAAAGCCCAUUGAAGGAAAAUGUAUUUCAAAAAUAUGACAAACAAAAUUCUACUAGUAUUCAAGUUAAAUAUUCCUUUGGUUCAGAUGGUGAUGAUAGCUUAAAUAGUAAUGAACAGUUUGAAGCAAAUGCAGAAGAAUUUCGAAUUUAUGAAGAAACGAAUAAAGAAAAAGUGUUAGUUGAUAAAAUUAUUAAUCAACUUUCAAAUUCUUUGAAAUCUAAUUUUAAACAACAGGAGGUCAAUAAUGAAUAUGGACUGGUUUCGGAAAAAAACGAAUACGAUACAAGUCCAUCAUCUACAAUAAGCACAGAUAACAGUAUGAUGUGUAAUAUGAGAGAGAAAUUGUUAUUAAAAAGUAAAACAAGAAGACGGUCCAUUACUCCUAAGCAUCGACGCAAAAUUUUUAAACAAAAUAACGCUAAAAUUUCAUUAAUACCUGUAUAUAAUCCAGGUGAUUCAAUUAUAAGUAAGUCGCCAAAUUUUUUAAUAGGGGAACCUGUUGCGAAGCAACGAAAAUACGUAUCUCCAAAAAUAUCAUCACAAAAGGAAAUGAGAUUUAAAGCUUUCACGCCAUGUAUGACAAGAAAUCAAUUAUUUCAAUCUGAAUUUAAUCUAGAGAAAGAAGUAGCAAGAUCUACUCCAAGGAGAAGGAAACAGUUUCAUAGACAAUAUUCGUCACUUAGAAAAUUAAAAAAAAAUAAUGGACUUACAUCGUCAGACAAUACAAGUCCCGAUUCAACGAAUUCUUUAUCACCAGAACAUAACUGUAUCAAGAGAUUGAAUUAUAAGCUUAGUAAAAAUCUAGCGAUAAAAUUAGAUGAAAAUAAAUAUGACGACGAUGUAUUAAUAAACUUUAAUACUGACGAAAAUAAAAAAAAUUAUGAAAAAUAUGAAAAUGAAAACGAUUCAAUAGAAGGACUCGAUAACAAUUUUAGAAAUUUGGAAAUUGAAAAAACCAAUGUAAUUGAACGAUAUGAAGAGAACUUAAAAGAGCGUAUAACUUCACCAGAGAAUUUUUUAACUGCAGAAGAGAGAUCGAAAAUUAAUAGUAUUUCAAAUUCUUUUAAGGAAAAUUCGAAUACUUUUUUUUCAAGUUUCAAAUCACAAUCAUACAUUAGUGUACAAGAGGAAUAUAAGCACGAAGAUAUAGACGAAGGUAUGGCUUUUCGGGAACGUAGAAUUUAUACAAUUCCACCAUGCAAAUCUGGGAGUACUUCUAUCGACGAAAUCUGGCCCCACUUAUUAAAUUUGUCAAUAGAGGUACCUUUAACAAAUCAAACAAUACGAAGAAAGUUAAUUGCUCUUGGUGAUAAUCCAGGACCAAUUACUAAUACAACAAGACAGCUAUAUUUGAAACGUCUUUCAAAAUUCGAAAACAAGAACAAUAAUUCAUCAUUUGUGCGACUCAAAUCUAAUCAUUGCAGAGCUUUUCCUAAAACAAAUAAAAAUUUUAAAUUUCAUAUGCAACCAUUUCUGGAGUAUGGAGAUUGGGUGAAUGACUUGACAAAAUACAAAACCAUUGAAAAGAAUAUUUUUGAAGAAUUUUGUACAGUAAGUCCUUCUAGAAGAUGGAGAGAAGGAACAAAUAAAACGUGUUUUAAUUAUCUACUCUUAGAUCCACGCAUAACUGAGGAUUUACCUAGUGCAGAAAAUAUGAAAGAUUCCGAAAAAUGGUUAAAAUUUCUCUCUGCUAUAUUUUAUAUAGGUAAAGGUUCACAUAACAGACCAUUCGCCCAUCUUAAAGAAGCUUCAGAAACAUGGUUUUCGCAUAAAAGUUCUGAUAAUAAAAAAAUUCAACAUAUUUUAAACAUUUGGAGCGAAGGAUAUGGAGUUGUUUGUCUCCGCGUUUUUCAAAACCGUAUUCCAGUGGAAGCUUAUACGCGAGAAGCUGCUAUGAUUGAGGCUCUAGGAACGGAAAAUCUAAAAAAUUGUAAAAGUGGAGAUUACUAUGGAAAAGUAAUAACAUGGAGUAGGGAAGAAAAACGUAAAUUUGGGAGGUAUUUGUUAUAUCAAGCAAUGAAGAUUUUUAUCCACGACGGAGAAAGACAAAUAUCUACUCUUGAUUUUUAAAAUUAACUUUUUUUCUUAUGAAAAACCAAAGUUUAUGUAAAUUAUUCUAUGACUAAUGUACAUAUACAUGUAUAUACAUAUAUACAU